UUUCAGUUACAAGCUUAUGAAACGCCGGGGGCGUGGCUAGACGUUUCAUAACUCAACACGCCCACUGUAAUUCUUAUUUAAAAUGUUAGAACGUAUGUAACCCCACGGAAACCCCUUCACCGCGCAUUGAACUACGUCACACUUAUGAUUUGAAGUGUCAUAUAAGAAUUGUCUGGAUCUCUUUGUUGGAGUCAUGUGGACGGCGAUGCUGGGUCUGACUGCCCUACCACAUGUUGGUGGGAUCUGUGGAGGCUUUAUCACAAGAAGAGAAAUAAAGACAUGGUACGCCUCACUUAACAAACCGUCAUGGAGGCCGCCCAACUCUGCUUUUGGAGUGGUAUGGACCACUUUAUACACAGGCAUGGGGUAUGGCUCAUACCUGGUGUAUAAAGAGCUAGGAGGCUUCACAGAAGAUGCUGUGGUCCCACUGGGACUCUAUGGCUUGCAGCUGGCACUGAACUGGGCCUGGACCCCAAUCUUUUUUGGGGCACACAAGAUUAAACUGGCACUCAUUGAGCUUGUCAUGCUAACGGGGACAGUGGGUGCCACCAUGGUGUCCUGGUACCCAGUGAACCGCACUGCCACUCUCCUCAUGACUCCAUACCUGGCUUGGCUCUGCUUGGCCACCUCCCUCAACUACUGUAUCUGGAGGGACAACCCUGACACCAAAACAGACUAGGCAGGAUUUAAUCAAGAGUAUGUAAUUAACAUGCACUAACAGACACAUCAGGCCAGUUAACACAAAUAUGUGAUUUUCUCAAUCAUGACAAUUAACAUACAGUAUACUACCAUUUAGCUUACAUUUCUGCUGGCUUUGUAAUAUAAAAUAUUAGAACAAGUUUUUCCUCAGCAUAAUUUUUUUUUGAUUUCCUGUUAGUAAAAAGGCAAACCGAUCCACUCACACAAAUGAUGUUAUCACUGAAUCUAGAGCUAAUGAACAUUUGAGCAAAAGCAAAACAUUUUGUACUAAAAUUCUGCUUGCAUGUGUGAUUUUGUAUCAAUGAAUCAUUUUAUUGUUUUGUAUUGGUUCCAAAUAAACAAAAAAGUUGGCUUAUA